AUAUAUUGGACCAAAUCUUAAAUUAAUAUUCUUCGUACUUUCACCUAUUCCAAUAUUAUUAUACUUUCCCACCGGGAUCUUUGUUUCGCUUUGCUACACGAUUUGGAUUACCCUUAUUAUCCCAGUUAAAGAACAUAUUAGUAAACCAAGUGAACCAUAUCAUACGUUUUCACCGUUUGCAGCGAUGGUUUAUUAUACUUAUCAAAGUCAUAAAGACCUCACUAUUUCAAAAAUAAAUCAGGAUGAAGGCCAAUGGGCAAAUUUAGGAGAAUCUCCCAUCGUUCAACCUAUCAGGUCGGCUUUAGACCUUUCUUCGUCAACAUGGAAUUAUUGUAGUUCUCUCGUUCCUCAACACGUUCGUAGUAUAACGAGUUAUACUGGUCCAACUAGAGAUUUAA